UGGUAAUUAACGCUAACGCUUUUGCGUUCUCGGAAGACUUUAUGCACAUAGCACCCUACGAACAUCGGAGGUUUAAAUAUAACCUCUAAAUUUGUUUUUUAUCACAGUGUUUAUUAAAUAAAAAAUAUUAGUUUGUGUUAGAUUUAACACAUUAAAAUGACUGAGACGCUUUCACUGAUUUUUUCGGGCCCCGCAUUUUCAUUCCUCCUGCGUGACAAUACGAAGAGUGAAUAUUGUCAAGUGGGGUUUUUGUUAGGCGAACUCGUCGAGAAGGAGACAAAAACAAUCACCGAUAACGACUUGAGACAAGUCCACAUUUCGCGAGAAAUCCGUUUCAAUGGGUCCCUCUCCUGGCCUGAACCUUUCUACUUUCACAACCAAGCUGGUAAAUUACCAGUGGAAAAAAUCAAGAGUUUUCUUGGCGAUUUAACCCCGCGUGUCUUGGGGUGGUACAGGUACAAACCUGCAUCUGGCUUUGAUUUCACAUUUCGCGACCGUAUUUUGCACAAGCAGUUUAUUGAUCUAUUCAGCGCGCCUCCAGAGUUCUUUACUUGUUGCCUGUUGAUUAAGGAAAGCUCUGAGAAUAGGUCUACGCAUUCGUGGAGACAGACUUUUGUGCGUUAUCGUAAUAAUGAGUUGGAAUAUUUGCGCUUCCGCAUUGAGAAUUUGAGUGAUCCUAACAAUACAUACAAAACCCCCAACCCCGUAUCCCAAACUUUCGUGAAGAUUAUUAGUGAAGUGAAAAGUGAGGUGGAGGACUCUUCAGGGAAUAGUAUGAUAUCAAGGGUUCAAAACGCUGUACAGAAACAUACGUCAGGUCUCAUUGACCAGCUAGCUGAAGCUGAAAAGCGACUAUUUGAGUUGGAAAAAGAACAUAAAAGGCUGAAAGCACAGCGAGACAGAAUGUUGGAGGCCCAAGCCAACGAUAAAGGGACAGAUGGAUGCGUAAAUAUGGGCCCUGAACCAACCAACACCACUGGAAAUUUAAAAGAAACACCGAAAGGCACAGAGCAGAAUAAUACCAACUUGAGUGAUUCCCCAAAAGGGGCAAGAGGUAGAGGUGGAAGAAGCAAUACCGGCGCCCCAGGUAAACGUGGAAGAAGGCCUGGCAACACCCCAGAAAAGGGAUGCCACGAAAUGAUAACGAGACAUAAGAAAAGCUAAGGAACUAAUUGUUGUGCAUUCUUCUAAUUUAAACACCAAAUUUAUUGAAACAAUGUAUUUCACUAAUUUUGUUGCGCAUUUUUUUACAAUAAACACUAAAUAUAUUAAA